AUGGAUGGAGCGUCCGCAGACAUUCGUGAGGUUGGCAUUGCUCAACCCAGUCCAACACCAAAUGCUAUCACGGCACCUCCAAGAACAACACAGAAUCUCCCAGGCCGCCGUCGACGCCCUCGUCGAAUUCUUAGCACAGUGCUGGCAAUUCUGAAGAUAGGGUUCGUGUACAUCAUCCCUGGUGCUUUCUUCCUCGUCCUGGCUACAGCAAUAUUCCUCGGCCUACCUUUCUCCGUACUUUCCGCGUACGGCGCGCUCGUCAUGUUCGUUGGCAACGCCAUCCUACGCGCCGCGCCUCUCGACCACUAUACAACCCACGAGCUCGCAGCCGCAAUCGGAGCUACCGGGUCCCCUUUCGCCUGCAUCAUCGUCGCAAUCGUCCUGCAGUGCCUACCCCGCCAGCUGACCGAGACAGACCCGCCCCGGUAUGCUCGAUACGCGCGCCGCCCGCGCUUGCCGCUCUGGGGCGACUCCGACAGCGAACAAGACACGAACCCCGCCGGAACCACGGUCAUGCCCUGGUACACCGCGUUUCUGACGACGGUGGUGGUCAACACGCUGGGCGCGGUGAUUGGAUGCAGGAUUCUCCUCCUCCAUCACGUUGAUCUGAAGGGCAUGGACACACUGCACGCUGCUCGUGCUGGUACGCUCGGCGGGGCGGUCAUGGGCUUUGGAACGGUGUUUGCCGGCCCGGUGAUCAUGGACGUUCUGUCGAUCAUUUUAGCGCCCGUGUGGUCGGCGAUGCUGUUAGCGGUGAAUUGGGUGUAUGUGCGGUCGAAGGAGACUUGGACAAAAAGGUUACGUCCGUAUUCGGGGCGUCAGUGGUGUGGAGCAAAUUCGGACGCCGACCAGGAGGUCGAAGGCUUGCAACGAGGGGAUGCAUAA